AUGGAUCCAAAUCAUAUCAGAGCCCAAGUCUCGAGGCCCACUUCUGGAAAUAUUCCUCCUCAGGGUCCCCCGUCUCUGUCCAAUCUUCACCAGUAUCAGAUGCAGCCACACUACUCUAUGGCCCAACCGCAUACUCUGCCCCCACUCCAACAUCAUCAGAGCCAUUCUCCUGUCCAUCCCAACUAUCUAGGACAGCCGUUCAGGCAUGAUAUGUCCAGGUAUCCGCCCACCUCCGCCAGCGACGUAUACGCUGCAUCUUCCGCCCCAAUGCAGCCCCAUACCACAGUCAACAGUCUUCCGUCAUCCUCUUUCUUAACCCACCACCACAACCAACAGCAAUACCACCCGCAUGCCCUGAUACCUCCUUCAACUACAUCGCAGGCUUAUCCCCAACUCAUUGCGCCUGCCCCUCCUCGGGAUAGAAGAACAGAAUAUGGUGGUGCUCUGCCGUCGGGUGCGUCCAGCAAUGCAGAUACCAAAGGACCCUUGGUUGCAAAUUCACCAGGCUUACCUAAUGCUUCCACAGCUUUCGUUCCAAAGGAUCCCCCACGUAUCCAGGUCGUUGGUUCCCAAGGCCGGAGAGGGAUACUCCCGAGUGUCCCAGGUCGCGCAGCUGCCAUUACUAACGGAGCAAAUGGUACCGGGAAAGCCGCUAUCCCUGCCAAGGACGCAGAUGGCAAGUUCCCUUGCCCGCACUGCAAUAAGACGUAUCUGCAUGCAAAACAUCUUAAACGACAUCUACUGAGGCAUACCGGUGAUCGCCCAUAUAUGUGUGUUCUUUGCAAAGACACAUUUUCCCGAAGCGAUAUUUUGAAACGUCACUUUCAAAAAUGCUCGUUGCGUCGGGGCAAUCCCACGGGUGUUAGCCACUUGUCACAUCCCCACGCUCAUCUGAAGAAAGCUCAGGCUGCGGGCAUUGUCCCUAAACCUGUUUCAGGAGAAGUCAGUAGCUCUGUCCCGACUUCUAAUGGCAUUGUCGGAACACCGUUUGGGGAAGGGCACGUGAACGGGGUUUCGAUGGCCUCUGGCCACAACCCUGGGUACACGGAUCAGCGGCCUCCUGGUUAUCCGAUGCAGCCUGUUAGCGGGAUGAACCGUGGUCAUGUUGAUCAUGGAUACACCCAAAACCAGAUGCAUCAGAGAGCUUCCUGGAUGGCUGAACCCAAACAGAGUCCGUAUCUCUCGCAGUCUGGAGCUGACACAACUGGCCAGUCCAACGUUGAUCUCCCCCCCAUCGAUGCCAAAGCUGCCAACAUGCCAGAUAAUAGACGUCCUAGCACGCAAACGGGGCCGAAUCACGGUCAGUCUGGUGAUAUCGACUGGACUUCGAUGUUCCAGGCCGGCACUCAUGAUGGGUAUAUGCAGCCAAUGUUCCAAUCUUCAGUAGCACCUGGCCCCGAGACAAUGCAUUCUCAAGUGGAGCCUGAUCGCAAGUUUUACCCGACAGUAACGAGUGGACAGGCUGAGGGAGGCUUGAAUGGACUUUAUUUGGCAUCAACCAGCUUGGGCGGUGACGGUGCGUCUAACCCCUAA